GUGAAGAUUGUCUUCGAUGCAAACAGGAUGAGGAAUAUAAUGCUUCAUUAAAGCUUGAUGAACAGAAACAUAUGGGAAAUUCAACAGAUGCCGAUGAGCCCACUGAGAGUACAGCUAUUUAUCCCAACCUCGAUGAAAUAAGGACACAUCGGAUUGCUUACCUUUCAAGAAGUGUUUCCUUCGAUGGUAAUAAUGAGACUCAACCCAAUCUAGACACUCCAUUUGAUGACUCUUCACCUUCUGCGAUUGGUGAAACCUUACAAUCAGUCAUUAAUUCCUGCAGUAGCCCUCCUGAUAAUGAAAAUUUUCCUGGUGAUAUAGAGACUUUAAUAGCCAACCAACACGAAUCACAAAAUGAACAGGAAUUUCAUACUGCUCAUCCACCGUCCAGUCCAAAGGAAGUUCAAGUUGUUAAAGUGCACCGUUCCCGUAUAUGCAAGGAUAUGGUAAGCUACUUCCAAGAUGAGAGCAUCCUAACAAGUUCCAUAGUUUUUGAAAUUAUUGAUGAUCGUGGAAUUCCCGAAAAAGGUGCUGGAGUUGGUGUGGCUCGUGACGUGUUUUCACUUUUUUGGAAAUCGUUCGGAGAUUCGAUGACUAUUGGAGAAAGAGAAAGAGUGCCCUUUGUACGUCACGACCACUUUGUGAGUGAAUGGCAAGCUAUUGGUAGAAUUCUUGUUUUAGGUUACAAGAUGGUAUCUUAUUUUCCUCUGAUUUUAUCAAAGGCAUUUAUGGGAUAUUGCCUAUUUGGCGAUUCAGUUCCCGAUUCAGCUGUGAUAAGUUCUUUUAAGAAGUAUCUUUCAGUUGAUGAACAAGAGUUGAUUGAGAAAUGCCUUAAUAAGCAGGAAUAUGAUAGUGAAGAUCUUGAGGACUUUUUGGAGCGAUUUAACUGCAGAACACUGAUAAAUGAAAACAAUUGUCUGAAAGUGAUCACUGAAAUUGCCAAACAAGAGCUUAUCCAGAAACCUCAUAUCAUGUUGUCUACAUGGCAGCUCAUUCUUUCUAAACUCAAGGCAUAUGCACCAUUUCAGUCUUUUGAUAAGUUGGAGGCCCUCUACGAAUCUGUAAAGCCAACAAAUAAGAAAGUUCUUCAACUUUUGCAAGCCCAACCAAAUACCGAGGGAGAACGAGAUGCUCUGAAGUUCCUACAGCGUUAUAUUAGAGGCUUAGAUGCAUGCAACCUUGGUCAUUUUCUUCGUUUUACCACAGGUGCUGAUAUUUUAAUUGUGGAACAUUUAACUGUUUCAUUUGUAAAAUUUGAUGGGGUAUAUAAAUCUCCUAUAGCACACACAUGUGGACCUGUGUUAGAGCUGCCUUCCACAUUCCAAGAUUUUUGUGAAUUACGAAACACGUUCAACAAUAUAUUAUCCAAACCUGACUGGGAACUUGACAUUGUUUAGGUUUUGAACUUAUGUGUGACGCAUUAACUGUAAUCUAUGAAGUGAUUAGUCUAUAGAUACAUUGUACUUUUCAGUUGCCAUUCAUAUUAAUUGACUGCAUAGUUUUAGUUGGGUAAAAAACUAACCGCCCCGCGCUUUAUAUUGUUAAGGUUUUUUGUUUUUAAAAGUGUAUGUAAGAUCACAGUUGAAUUUCUUUUAACUGUAGUGAAAUAUAAGUGAGUAAGGCCUGGAGCUGUGUGUUAUGCGAAUAAAAUAUGACAUAACUUCUUUUAAGUGCUUAAAAAACUCCUACUUGUAUAGCCGACCCCCGAUCACGGUUAUUACUCUCUGCAUGCGCUUUUAAGUAAGGUUAUAUUAGUAAUACAAAUAAUAACACUUUGUAGUAUAUUGUUGUAUAGUUUCAU